AUGACAGAAGAAAGCAUUGAUAUUAAAGAGCAACUUGAUAAACUUUUAACUGAUAUUCAGCCAAAUUUACAAGAUGUUAUCAAAAGGAGUUUCACAAAUGUUGCGAUACAACAAACGAAAAAUGGUGAACAAAUUAAAACAGACACGCUGGAAGAUACAUCCUACUUUGCUAAGAAUACACAGGUGAACUUAUCUAGAUUAGAGCUCAUAAAGUCUCCAACAUUCCACAUGCAAUCUGUGUCUUUGGAUCUCAAGUCAAUGUCUUUAGCAUUGCGAUGCUCAUUAGGGGAGGUGAAUGUGAGAGGGCUAUAUAGUGCAUUUAAUGAAAACCUGUACAAUCUUAUUCCUGUUAUGUCCGAGGGACAUGUUGUAGUAUCAUUAUCAAACAUGAUUGCAGAUGUUACCGUUGGCUUAGUGCUGCAAGAUGAUGCAUUCUCAUUUAUAAAUCCUGCCAUUGAGUUUAUACAUGACGAGGUUCUUGUCAAGUUAUCAUGGCCAUCGCCUCAAAGAAAUGGAGGGUAUGAGUUUACAACAACUGAACAAUUGGCAAAACAUAUAGACGAUUUACCGCUGACAGCUGCGAUAUCCCUGCCCUUAUUCGCCCUGCUUCGACAGAAACUGCAACGACAUCUUGAAAAGGUCUUGUAUCGAGCCACCAGCGUCUCUGAUGUUGUUGGAUGCAAUCCUAAUAUGCUGGAAGCUUACAGUGAUAUGGUGGAUAAGUUAUCUCAGUGUGGGAAUCGCGUGGUGGAUAUGAUCCUCAUUAAUAUGCGACGAACGCUGCUGCAGUCUUGUCGGGAGGUGCUGGAACUGCCUUCGCUGCACGCUACCUUUAUGCAUAAGAUAGGUUCGAUCUCUUUUGUCGGAAAGUUCGAGACGGGAAUGGGUUGGGUGAAGAAUCUUGCCACAAUAAACCGAAUUAACGAUGUGACUGUCAUGAGACGAGACUCAACAAAGACUUGUUUCCAUGUCACGCUUAAGAUCAAGGACUUACAAAUUGGUUACGAUGAUUACCGCGUAAAGGCGUUGGGAGUUGGCUGCGAAGGGCGGGUGGUAGCUGCCUUCAACGACAAUGCACUACACAUGGCCCUGUGCAUUGGACUCACAAGAUGGGAGCCGUACGCGCAGCUGGACGAUCUACGAUUACAUCACUGCCCGGGCAUGGAUAUGCAUAUAACUGGCCUGGGCCCAUUAAGUGGAGAACUAGGAUUGGUUAGGGCGUGGCUACGCGGCGCGGCGCGGGCGCACGCCCAGCCCGCCCUCGAAGCACAGUUACAGCACGAGCUGCGCACUGCAUUAGCUGAGUUACCGCUUGCCGAUUUGUUGAGAGAAGCUCAAGGAUAA